CCGUUGGUGUACACUCUCACACACAAGUGACGCGCAUAUAGAAGAAAAGAGAGGGAGGGGAAAUUAAACUUUAUUAAUUAAUUUCUUCAUCAAACUAAAUUCCAUGGUGUCCUUGCAAGCGUCCCUUCGCCAAGGAGAAAGGAAAACUAGCCUAGAUGAUCAAGAGAAGAUCGCCUUGUUGUCUUCGAAGAAAAGAAAGUGGGGAGGAGGAGGAGGAGGAGAGAGCGAGAGGGAUCAGGAGCUCGCCAAGGAGCUCAAACUAUGUAAAAAAGAACAAGAUGAUGAUGAUGUCGAGCUCAAUCUCGACGCUCCCUUGCCUCUAGAGUGGGAAAGGUGCCUUGAUAUCAAGUCUGGUCAGAUACACUUCUACAACACCAGGACUCACAAGAGGACCUCCAAGGACCCCAGGUCAAGCCCACGUCCGAGCCUAGACCUUGAGCUCAACCUCAAUUUGACGAACCAAGUCGAUCAACAGGUGCGAACCGAGCAUGAGCCUAGUAAUGAAACUGAUCGCCAACUGAUCAAGCGUAAGGAUGAUAAUUCUGGCAGGCCUUCUUCACCGUCGCCCUCAUGGAUUUCAUUCGACACCGAUCGGCAAGAGAUGGUAGCGGCCGUGUGCGUGAGAUGCCACAUGCUUGUUAUGAUGUGCAAGGCGACUCCAUCUUGCCCUAACUGCAAGUUCGUGCACCCGCAAGGCCAGAGCUCUACUUCCUUCCAUGAGAUUAGUAAGCCUCUAGGGUUUAGGCUCUUGUGUUGCAAGGACUAGAUCGAUAGCCCU